AUGACGAAGUCGAACAUCCCGGAGCAGCUCUGGGUUCAGCUGAGCAAACUCCCCACUCUGUCAUUCACCAACAUAAUCAUUGGCUUCCUGAGUCUCAUACUCUUCUACGUCGCCUGCAGAUCAUUCUACCACCUCUACCUCAGUCCCUUAUGCCACUACCCCGGCCCCAAGCUCUGGGCCGUCUCCCGCCUGCCAUGGAAUUACGUCAACAUGAAGGGCCGCAUCACGUGGCGCAUCCGCGAGCUACAUGAGCAGUACGGCCCCGUGGUGCGCAUUGCACCCGACGAGCUCUCGUAUACAUCCUCCGCGGCGUGGAAGAAGAUUUACGGUCAGCGCAGUCCCGAGUUCCCCAAGGCGCUGGACGGCCGCGGCAUCGCGCCCGCGAAGCUCAAUGGCCACAAGACGUUGAUGACGGAGACCCAGGAGAGACACCUGAGGUUGAGGAGGGCUAUCAACCCGGCCUUUUCGGAGCGUGCGCUGCGCGAGCAGGAGGAUUAUUUCCAGAAUCACUCGGAUAAUCUCAUCAGGCAGCUGCGGAAGAGGUGCAAGGAAGGGCCGGUUGAUCUGUCCAACUGGUUCAACUUGCUUGCUUUCGACAUCGUGUCUGACCUGGCGUUUGGUAUCCCCGCAGGAUGCAUCGACAACGCAGACCAGCCUUGGAUCCGCGCCAUCAUGACGCGCGCCACCAGCUACGUCUGGAUCCAGCUCGCGGUGCAAUACGGCUUUUUCGAUCUCCUAUCCUACAUCACUCCCCGCCGCAUCACCGAGGCGCGCAAGAAGCACAUUGCCCUUUCAGAGGCCAAGGUGCGCCAGCGUAUCGAGGCCAAGAAUUCCGGCAAGGACUUCAUGUCGUACAUCCUCGACAAUAAGGACGAGAAGUUGUCAAACGUCGAGUUGACCAUGCUGGCCGGCACCUUCGUCGUUGCGGGCAGCGGAACGACCGCCGGAGGGAUGUCUGGGCUGACAUGGUUCUUGCUUCACAACCCGGACAAGCUCGAGAAGCUGCGGGCUGAGAUCCGAGGGACGUUCAAGACAAGAGAGGAGAUUACCAUGGUUUCGGCGCAGAAUUGCAAGUAUCUGCGUGCGUGCCUCAACGAGGCCAUGCGUCUUUACCCUCCCACGCCCGGAUCUCUGCCCCGUUGGGUUCCUGGUAAGGGAGAGGAGAUAGAGGGUCGAUGGGUUCCGGGAGGCUAUGCGGUUGCGGUCAACCAAUUUGCCGCAGGCCAUUCCAAGCAUAAUUUCCAUCGUGCCGGGGAGUUCAUCCCUGAGAGAUGGCUUGAGCUUGGACCUGACUCCAAGUUUGCUGAUGAUGAUCGGGCGGCAGUUCAGCCCUUUUCGUACGGGCAACGCAUUUGCAUAGGAAAACCGAUGGCUUACGCGGAGAUGAGUCUUACCUACGCGAAGAUGAUGUGGUACUUCGAUAUCGAGAUAAACGACCCGGCAGACGACUGGUGGACGCCACAAGGAACAUACAUCAUGUGGGAAAAGACGCCUUUGAUGGUCAAACUAAAGCCCAGAGAAGACUUGAGGCUCUAG